AUGAGAAGUCGAGGGAGAAGAGUGUUUGGUGCUGUCUAUAAUGCAAUUGAGAAUGCUUCGCGGCCGGAUGAGUCUAUGGGAAGAGAUGUAAUGUUAUGGAGACAUGACGAGGGGACUUUUAAGGAUCACUUUUCUGCAGCACGUAUAUGGGAUCAGAUUAGAGUUAAAGGUCAUGAGGUCUCUUGGCAACGACUCGUCUGGUUCGCACAAGGCGUACCACGUCAUGCUUUCAUCGUCUGGCUGGCUUUCAAGGAUAGGCUCUCCACAGGUGUUCUUAUGUGGCAGUGGGGGAUCCCACAAGGUUGUAUGUUCUGUGGAGAGAGGGAAGAAAGUAGAGACCAUUUGGUCUUUCCUUGUCCUAUCACAUUCACCAUAUGGACUACACUAACAGUAAAGCUUCUUGGCACUUCGGCCUCUUCGGACUGGCGUACUACUAUCACCUCAUUACUAAGACGUAAUCGACACAAACUGGAUGCCAUCCUUCUUGCGACUGAUCUUCCACACAACUAUCUAUCAUGUCUGGAGGGAACGAAACUCGCGUCGACACCAAGGUCUAUGGCUUACUACAGACACGCUCACCAGACAGAUUAA